CAGAGCGCGCAUGUACGGCGUGGCAUAAUAGCGCGUCGACGCGCAAGGUGGUGCUGAUGUGAGGAGUUCUUCUGCCGUUUGAGCAAAUGUUUUAUUUUUUUAUGGAGAGAGCGUUCGAAGAUUUUCCGUUGUCUAAACACAAUACUGAAUUUGUCCGCUGGUCAAAAGGGGGGAAAUAAACGACGUGCGACCAUGUGGAUAGCUGUGGUCACAUGCGGUGACAUCGAUGUAAAUUAUGCGUAAAUUGUUUUGUAGAAAGCGGCGAGUUGCACGGUUUCCGUAGCGGUAGUGGUGACAGCUGCGGGAGCCCGUGUGUGAGGGAGAGGGAGGAGUGGUGUGUGUGUCUGCUCUGUGGCGGUGUGGAGAUGGCAGCGGGGGGUUGAGAAGGCGGAUGCCGCAGACAUGCCUAGCUGGCUAUCGCCGUUUCUCUGUGAAAGGUUAUCGGCAACUGGUGGCUGUUGAACCGAAAGAGCGCCUAAUAAACCUCGGAACCUAGAUCAGUUGAUUGGAACAUGUCAUCGACAGUGUCAGCGGCGGCAUCACAGUGUCUCUGAUCUGUCAAUCAAAUCACACGCACUGGAAUUACAUGAGUGGCGCGCGGGGUUGGGCGGAUGUGCCAGAUGAACCAUCGCCGGCAGACAUGGAAAAAAAGGUCAACAAUCGCCUGAUUUCAAUUUCAUGAUUCUGGAAGAAAGUUUUUCAUUAAGAUCAUUAGGAUAUCUACCCCCCGGUGCGCGCUGCACAUCCCAUGCCAUUUUCCAAUAAUCGCGAUCAUCAACGAUAAAUAAUCUAUUCACAUCAAUCAAUCAUUGUGUUUAUUAGCCAGCGGCAGCGAGUAGCCUACAGAGAGCCAAGGAUAUCGCCCAUAUCAUUACAACGAUACACGCCUAUAGGACUGUAAGCACCAAGCAGCGAACAUGAUGUGCGAGGUGAUGCCGACGAUCACCGAGGGGGACUCGGGGGGUCCUCCCCGGGGUGGAGGGGCUCAGAACGGCUCGGACCCGGAAGCCAACUUCGAGCAACUGAUGGUCAACAUGCUGGACGAGAGAGACAAGCUGCUGGAGUCCCUGCGCGAGACCCAGGAGACACUCAUCCAAUCACAGACCAAGCUGCAGGGUGCGCUGCAUGAAAGGGAUGUGCUCCAGCGUCAGAUCUACGCGGCUCUACCUCAGGAGUUUGCCACUCUGACCAAGGAGCUGAACGUGUGUCGGGAACAGCUGCUGGAGAAAGAAGAGGAGAUAUCUGAACUGAAAGCUGAGAGGAACAACACCAGGCUUCUCUUGGAACACCUGGAGUGUCUGGUGUCUCGCCACGAGCGCAGUCUUAGGAUGACGGUGGUGAAGAGACAAGCUCCUCCUCCCUCUGGGGUCUCCAGCGAGGUGGAGGUCCUCAAGGCCCUCAAGUCCCUGUUCGAACACCACAAAGCCCUGGACGAGAAGGUGCGUGAGAGGCUUCGGGUGGCUCUUGAGAGAGUGACUACACUAGAGGGACAGUUAUCAGCCACAACUCAGGAGCUGAUCAUUGUGAGGCAGAGGAAGGAGGGAGAAUCUUUGGACAGGAAUGACGCUACCAAACCCACCUGGAAGAGGCUACCUAACGGUUCCAUAGACGCCCAUGACGAUGGCAGCAGGUCAGUGGAGCUGCAGGAGCUUCUGGAUCGGACCAAUCAUGAGCUGGCUCAGAGCCGCGAGCGUUCGGGCACGCUCAGUACACGCGUGGCAGAGCUGGAGGCGGAGCUAGCCAACACUCGCCGAGACCUGAGUCGCAGCGAAGAGCUGUCAGUCAAACAACAGAGGGAACAGAGAGAGGGGCUGGCGCAGAGGGAGGAUAUGGAGGAGCGGAUUACAACGUUAGAAAAACGUUACCUGGCCGCUCAGAGGGAAACCACACACAUCCACGACCUCAACGACAAACUGGAGAACGAACUGGUUACCAAGGACUCUCUGCACCGACAGAGUGAGGAGAAGGUGCGCCAGCUGCAGGAGUUGUUAGAGUUGGCAGAGCAGAGGCUGGCUCAGACCAUGAGGAAGGCUGAGACACUACCAGAGGUGGAGGCAGAGUUGGCACAGAGGGUGGCAGCCCUCACCAAGGCCGAGGAGCGACAUGGCAACGUUGAGGAGCGACUCAGACAGCUGGAGUCACAACUGGAGGAGAAGAACCAGGAACUGAGCAGGGCACGUCAGAGAGAGAAGAUGAAUGAAGAACACAACAAGCGUUUAUCUGACACUGUAGACCGUCUGCUCACUGAGUCUAACGAGAGACUGCAGCUUCACCUUAAAGAACGCAUGGCAGCACUGGAGGACAAGAACUCCCUGAUUCAGGAUCUGGAGAACUCCCAGAAACAGCUGGAGGAGUUCCACCACACCAGGGAGCGUCUGAUUGGUGAGAUUGAGAAGCUGCGGAAUGAGAUCGACCACUUGAAACGCCGGAGUGGAGCGUUUGGAGAUGGAUCACACCCACGGUCUCACAUGGGCAGUGCCAGUGACCUGCGUUUCUCAGUGGUAGAAGGGCAGGAUGGACACUACAGCUCUGCUGUCAUCAGACGGGCACAGAAGGGCCGCCUGGCAGCGCUACGAAACGAACCCAACAAGGUGUGUGCGGUGUUUGAGCAGGAAUACUCGUCUCUACGUGGCAGUGUCAGUCACCUCCUGGGCAGUGACGUGGAGGCGGAGUCAGACCUAGAUGAUGAUGUUAGCUCCGUCCUCCUGUCACCCAGCGGCCAAUCAGAUGCACAGACUCUGGCUCUGAUGUUGCAGGAGCAGCUGGAUGCCAUCAACGAGGAGAUCAGGAUGAUCCAGGUGGAGAGGGAGUCUGCUGACCUCAGGGCAGAUGAGAUAGAGUCUCGUGUGAACAGUGGUAGCAUGGACGGACUCAACGUUACACUCCGCCCCCGAACCAUGCCCACCUCAGCCACUGCCCAGUCCCUGGCUUCCUCCUCGUCCCCUCCCACCAGCGGACGCUCCACCCCCAAACACAACACCCACAACGCCAGCCACCAGCUGGGAAUCAUGACCCUGCCGAGCGACUUAAGGAAACACCGUAGAAAAAUAGCAUCUCCAGUGGAAGCUCGUGAGGACAAGGCUACUAUCAAGUGUGAGACGUCUCCCCCCUCCUCCCCCCGCAGUCUGAGACUGGAGACCAACUUCGCCCAGCUCACUGGCAGUCUGGAGGACGGACGAGGGGGUAAAGCGAAGAAGGGCAUCAAGUCAUCUAUAGGUCGUCUGUUUGGGAAGAGCAAGGAGAAGGGCAGGAUGGAGGGAGGAGGGACACUGGGGAGGGAGGGACAGCCUCUGCCUGCCCUGAUGCCGGGAGACUUUGAGAUGAGCAUCGGAGACACCAUGACUCUGGGCAAGCUGGGCACACAGGCAGAGAGAGACCGCAGGAUGAAGAAGAAACAUGAGCUGCUAGAGGAGGCCAGGAGGAGAGGACUGCCCUUCGCUCAGUGGGAUGGACCAACUGUGGUCUCCUGGCUAGAGCUGUGGGUGGGUAUGCCUGCCUGGUAUGUGGCAGCGUGUCGUGCCAACGUGAAGAGCGGUGCCAUCAUGUCGGCCCUGUCUGACACAGAGAUCCAGAGGGAGAUUGGCAUCAGUAACCCCUUGCACCGCCUCAAACUACGGCUGGCCAUCCAGGAGAUGGUCUCCCUAACCAGCCCCUCUGCCCCACUCACCUCUAGAACGUCCUCCGGAAAUGUGUGGUUAACCCAUGAAGAGAUGGAGAACCUGGCUUCCUCCACUAAAGCGGAGAAUGAGGAGGGCAGCUGGGCUCAGACUCUGGCAUACGGGGAUAUGAACCAUGAGUGGAUAGGUAAUGAGUGGCUUCCCAGCCUGGGUCUGCCUCAGUACCGCUCCUACUUCAUGGAGUGUCUGGUGGACGCCCGCAUGCUGGACCACCUCACCAAGAAAGACCUCCGCACACACCUCAAGAUGGUUGACAGCUUCCACAGGGCCAGUCUGCAGUAUGGGAUUAUGUGCUUGAAGAGACUCAAUUACGACAGGAAAGACCUGGAUCGUCGUAGAGAGGAGAGCAUGCACGACAUGAAAGAUGCGUUAGUGUGGACCAAUGAGCAGGUAGUGCACUGGGUCCAGAGUAUAGGUCUGAAGGACUACAGUAACAACCUGAUGGAGAGUGGAGUCCAUGGGGCUCUCAUUGCUCUGGAUGAGACCUUCGACUACAGCAGCCUGGCUCUCAUACUGCAGAUCCCUAUGCAGAACACACAGGCUCGGCAGGUUCUGGAGAGAGAGUUCAACAACGUCCUGGCCCUGGGCACUGACCGCAGACUGGAGGAGAGUGGGGAUGAUAAGACGUUCCGCCGCUCUCCAUCGUGGCGUAAGCGUUUCCGAGCGCGGGAGGGAGGGGGGAUGGGCAUGAUGGCGGGCUCCAUGGAAACACUGCCUGCUGGGUUCCGUAUGCCCUCCAUGUCCAUGCCCCCGUCCAUGGCCCUGGUGCCCAACAAACAUCUGCAACCAGAAGUUUAUUCCCAUGACCUGUAUGGACACAUGCUUGCGGCCUUUCGAGAGUGACAUGCCAAAUUUGGGAGAGAUCUUGACGUUAAGGGACCUGUAUCCAGCGUCACCUCUCACCUUCUCCGUGGGACACGUGCAAUACGGAGGUGACCUCUGACUUUUUGACCUUUGAACUCUGAGCGUGCUCAUUGGCCACACUCGCUGCUGUAAAGGAGACUCGGCCCAGUCUCUAUUCCCAGUAAACCCAGUACCCCCAGUAGCCUUGUUGUUGUGGUGUCGUGAUCCCGCAUAGUCCUAAUUCCUAAUCUGUCGGUUCUAGUCCUAAUUCCUUAUCUGUGGGUUCUAGUCCUAAUUCUUAAUCUGUGGGUUCUAGUCCUAAUUGUUAAUCUGUGGGUACUAGUCCUAAUUCUUAAUCUGUGGGUUCUAGUCCUAAUUCCGAAUCUGUGGGUACAAGUCCUAAUUCCGAAUCUGUGGGUUCUAGUCCUAAUUCCUACUCUGUGGGUUCUAGUCCUAAUUGCUAAUUUGUGGGUUCUAGUCUAACUCUUCUCUAGCUCCUGGGUGUUUUCCACCUACACGUCGUCCCCUCGGUUAUGCAAGGUAUUAAUAAUUUAUUGUCUCUCUCUGUAAAUAAAAUGGAUGACAUGUUUUUUUAUAUAAAUAUAUAUAAAUAUAUAUAUUGGAAUUAUAUAUGGAGAAUAUUAUAAUAUCAUUGCUGUAUGAAACCCAAUGCCCUGUAUUCGGUGGUGACUGUUCUAUUUGUGUGUUGGACCUCUGUGUGUCUUAUAUGCUGUCAGUGUCUGGAGUUAUAUGAAGGACUCACUAAGCAGGGGUCUGUUACUCUAUGUGAUACUACUACUAUGAUUCUCAGCCACAGGUUCUUGGGUCCAGACCUAAACGGUUCAGUUACCUUUCCUGCCUUUUAUCCCCUACUUUCCUUCUCUCUUUUCAUAUCUCCUUUCCUCCUUCCCCAUCUCCUUUCCUCCUGCCCUUUCCUAUCUCCACUUGUUUCCUUCCUUUAUUUGACACUGAUGUAGCUACCAUGAGUAGAGUAGGUGAUCCUGUAGAUAUGAGAGGAUAGAAGAUGAGCUGUGUGUGUAAAUGAAAGCAAUAGGCUGCAAUAUUUGAGACUUAAGGGAAACAGCAUGUUAUGAAAGCCAAACCCUAGACUAACCUCCAUGGAUGGAUGGUGUUGUUUUUCUCUACUUCGUUUCAAAUCAAACAGUAAAUUGCUGCUAGGCAUCAGCCAAACGAAAUCCUCACAAACAGGACACCUGACAGAGACAGUGAUGAUGCCAUAUAUGGACUUUUCCCCUGCCGCCCCCUUCCUGUCCAGUUGCCAUGGGGAUGUGAAAGUGGCCAAUGAUGCUGCCUGAGCACUAGCAAGUGUUGUGUGUAUGACCUCCUCUCCUCCAAUGAGAGAGCUCUAUCAGUGAACUAGUGAAGUGUUGGAUGGGUGUAUUUCUUUUUAUUUUACAGCCAAUGUUUUAAAGGUGUCUAAAAGGUGUAUUGUGUUACUGUGGCAGCUAUGAGUAUCGUGUGUGUAUUUAUUCCAGGUGUGAAAUGAUGCUGACAAAUCAAGAUUUUAUUAUUUGGCUAUUUAAAAAGUGUAUUGUAUUUAUGACACUAUAGACAUAAGUAAAGCU